AGAAAGCACAGGAGGCCACCAGCAGUGGAGAGAGGCUGUGAGGAUGCUGUGCACCCUUCUACCUCUGCCCCUGUGCAACCGCUCAGCUUUCCACUUUCCCUAGACUGGGAAGCUGAAAGCGGGACCCCUACGGUUGUCAUUGCCCCCGAAGGAGGUGGAUCUCAGCAGGGCCUGGAGGACCAUGUCCCUCAUCCCAUGGUUCCGGUGGAAUGACACCCCACCCCGGCUGUCAUCCCGGAACCCGGCGGAGAUGGUGCUGGAGACACUGAUGAUGGAGCUGGCUGGGCAGAUGCGGGAGGUGGAGAGGCAGCAGAGGGAACGGCGCAGCGCGGUCAGGAAGAUCUGCACUGGAGUGGACUACAGCUGGCUGGCCAGCACGCCCAGGCCUACCUAUGACCUCAGCCCUGGUGAGCGGCUGCAGCUGGAGGAUGUAUGUGCCAAGAUCCACCCAUCCUACUGUGGGCCUGCCAUCCUCAGGUUCCGACAGCUGCUAGCCGAGCGGGAGCCCGAGGUGCAGGAGGUGGCGCGGCUCUUCCGCUCCGUGCUGCAGGAGGCCUUGGAGAAGACGAAGCAGGAGGAGGAAGCCCAUAAGCUGACCCGUCAGUGGAGCUUGAGGCCCCGCGGUAGCCUGUCCUCCUUCAAGAGCAGAGCACGCAUCGCGCCCUUCGCUAGUGACAUACGGACCAUCUCGGAGGACGUGGAGCGUGAUGCGCCACCGCCGCCACGUACCUGGAGCAUGCCGGAGUUCAGGGCGCCCCAGGCUGACUGACCUCCCUGGGCGGUCACCUGCAGGAGGGAAUGACAGGCCGGUGACCCAGUUGCCGGUGCUGGAGCCUCCCCACCUACCCCGCACAGGAGACCCACCAAACAGCACAGCUGAACCACCUGAGCCACCUACCCAAUUGUGCACACCAGCUUGGCUACCGGGAAGAGUCAGGACUGGAGCCCUGUUCUUCUCCAACAAGUCUCCACUUCCCAGCCUGAUGCAUACAGAAGGCCUGGUGUUGGAGCAGGCUCCUUCCCAUCUCCUACCACUGUCUGGAACAAGGAACAAGUGUCUGCCUCUUUGGCAAGGCCUGCAUUCUCAUCCCAUCUUCCAGGAUGCCCCAUUCACCCUAUCCAUUUGGGGCACCUUUUCUGGUGACCAGAUGACACUCACUGCAGGGGAGCUACAGCCUUGGGGCCCCGGGACAGCUGGAGGGGGCCACAGAGAUGGUUCAACUCACUCUUUAGCUAGUGAGUGAAAAAUGGAGUCUCCCAAGGAUCUCACUGCUUUUGCCUUAACUUUAAAUCCUCCAGUGUGGAAUUGUUCCUGCCUUUGAGUCCUAGGGCUAUGAUGGGACAGGACCAAUGGCCACAUGUCUUCUUACCUAUCCCUUACCUAACCCACCCACAUGGGUCUGGGUGGGGCCAAGGCUGCUUGCUCCCCAAGAAAAGUAGCUAGGGAUAGUUAGGAUGACCAUAACCCCCAGGAUGUCAUCCUUGGAGUGUGGCCAGUCCAGAGUCGGGACUUGGAAGCCUUCAGACCCGCUGCUGGAGCCAAGGCAUCUGAAGUCCAGGCCUUCUGUUCACACCAGCUCUCCAGCUCUCCUAGGAAGUAAAGUCACCUCUGGUGCUGAGCCAACCAGUCCCAAGUAGCGUCCUAUAGCUUCAUGCUCUAACUGACCGUGCAUGUGUGGGUCACCUGUGGAAAAUCUGGAAGGCCAGGUGCUACCACACUCUGGGGCAGAAUGGGGCUCAAGGUAGUGGGUGAGCAAAGUGUCUGUCUGUAGCUCCCAAUGCAUGUCCAGAAAACACAAGUGAACCUUAUAAUAGUCCAAAUAAAAUGAAGGGGGUGGGGAGGAAGGAGAGGAGAAUCACCAGGUAAUGCAUGGGAGGGAAAUCACCGGUAAUGCAUGUAGCCUGUGAGUGAGUGAGUGAGUGAG